AUGCAUCAAUUUGUUCAUGUCUCCCAUGUGUUUCCUCUGUUCCUCUACGCAUACUCGGCCGCAUCGACGGCCGUCUAGUGGUCGACCAACUGCAGACGCGCCACACCCUUACAGGGGAGAGAGACAGAGAAAGAGGGAGGGAGCCGGCUAUGCACACUGUGUGUAGUGUGUGUGGUUAGGCCAGCUACACUGGACGACAAGACGACGCACUCCGCCGCACUGAGGGGCGGCUGGAAGCCGAGCACAAGAAAGUCACCCGCCGCUGCCCACAGCUGGAGGCCCAGUUGGCCGUGGCCAGGCAAGAGGCCUCUGUGCUGCGGUGAGUGACUGACUGACGCAGGCAGACAGGCAGGCCGCCGGCCCGAGGGAAGGAGGGAGGGCCCAACCGAUACACACAAGGGGACAGACAGACAAACAGACAGACAGACAGCGGGUACAUAUGUCCCUCACUCAUGUCACGUUUCUUUUCCUCCUCCUUCCUGUCUGUCGAUGAGUGGGUGCAGGGCUGACAGGGAGGUGCUCGAGAAGCGUGUGGCGGACGCGACACAGCAGCGGGACGACGCCCGGGGCCGCCUGAGGACCUUUGAGUCCGUCUACUGCGUCGACCUGGGCCGAUUCAAGAAGAUCGACACAGACGGUCUGCGGCAGCAGCUGGAGGGCGUCAUCAAGGAGCGAGACCAAGUACAGGUGCGCUGCGCCACACACUCACUGACUGACUCACAGAGGGAGAGGGAGAGGGAGGGGUUGCUGUGUGUGUUGUGUGUGGUCAGACGAGUUACUUGGCCGCCGAGAGUGCCCGUCGCGACCUGGCAGCUGCGCGGCAGCAGCUCGAGCAGCAACACGCCAAGACGACGGAGCGCCUCAAGGGCGCCAUCUCGCGUAUCAACGAGGUGAGUCAGUCACGUCACAGACCCUCUGCCUCCCUCCCUCCCUCCCUCCAUCCAUCCCAUCUCUGUCUGUCGUCUCUGUCUGUCUGUGUGUGUCCUGCCUGUAUGUUAUUCAUUCAUGUGUUCAGCUGCAGAGCAGUGAGUUGCCGAGUCAGAGGGACGGUCAGCUACUCGAGAGCCGGAACACCAUUUUGGUGAGCGAACCGAACCCAGUUAACCCAAACCACCCCACCCCACCAAAAGGAGCCUUUGGUUCAUUGGCUGUUUGGUGGUGUGUGUGUCUCUCAGCGGCUAGAGCAGGAAGCCGCACAGUUAAAGGCAAACGCCAUCAUAGCAAAGUGAUUCUGACAGUGAGUGGGCCACACCAGGUGUCUGUCAUCGAUGGAUGGAUGGAUGGAUGACAUACGACACGACACACGGUGAUGGAUGGCGUUGUCGUUCCUGUCCUUUUCCUGCCGUCAGACCCCGCCGUGCGGCCUCUGAGACCGCCGCCCGUUCCCCUUCGCUCUCGCCCGUCGCCAUGGGCCCCCUCGCCCCACAGGAGCCACCACUCAGCACACACGACGCCGCCCGCGACAUGAUGCUCCGUGGCGCCCCUCCUGCAGUGCCACCCCUCCCGUUGCCCUCACUGCUCACCCUCAACACCGACACACUCGGCAGCGACCGUCUGAGGCCGCCCCCGGCCGCCUGCGGGCGGAACAAGAGAGCGCGACCUAACGAAGAAGAGGGCAAGCAGGGCGAGGGAGGCGGGGUGGCCGAUGCUGCUCAUGCGUCGAAUGGGGUGGAGCAUGUCUCACCCACUCGAACAAGGAGGAAGAAUGCCUUCGCGGGAGGAGAUGCCAUAGUCCCGUCUGUGCCGUCCGAGCCCUCGCCACACCCACACGUCGAGGAGCGACUGGCUGGAAGGCCGUCAAGGUCGGGGACAGCACUUCGGCGAGGAGCCGGCCGCGCAGAUGGGUGA